AUGCCUGCCAUAGAUCCGCAGCUCAUCGGUCGAGGCCUAAAUGAGAUCACCCACCAACUAGCGAGAAGGGGUGUAGAUCACAGUGUACUGGAGGUCUUGGCUGUCGCGGCGACAUGCAUUUUCGGCGUCGGGGGUUAUAUAUUCUGGGCCAUGCGCCAGAAGUGA